UGCCGUAGUCAUUCACGGUCUCCUCUCGUAAUGUUUUAUUAUUCAUGUAGUUACGAAAACCAUGCAAAUAGUUCUGUAGUUAAUAUCGAUUUAGUCUCCAUGAUUUCUUCUGUCUUAACUUGCUUCCUCCGAUAACUUUUAUCAACAAAUAGAUGUGACAAGCUGAGGUGUGAAAAGUGACCUGUUGGCUGUCUGCACAAGAUAAACCAAAGCCGAUUAACUUCAUCAUCUUGGUGGAGAGCAAAAGGGUAGACUCGAAAUGUGAACCACUGAGUAGGGAAUCGAACCCGGACCUUCAGAAUGAGAGCAGGGCAGCAUACACUCUAGCACUCAUCGGCGUAGGCUACAUUUCGAGUGUUCCUGUUAUUACCAGGGCUCGUCUUCUGCUCCCGGUCAUGACUGUGGCCCUGGCCAUGGUGGCAGGCGCCAUGGGCCAGCAGGUGGGUUGCCCUUCAGGAUAUACCGAAGAUCAGAUUCCGACCCUCAGCCUUAGCAGUGCAAGCAAGGCUGAGUUUGACGAAUUAAUUCAAGACCGAGCAUUUGGGGACUUGGUGAACAAUUGCCUCUUUGGAAAGAACUGUGACCUAUGCGCCCAGAAUGACAAAGCUAGACAAAUCUUAGUGAUCUAUCCGUGGCUGGUCCGAGAAUGCAUCCAGAAGACUGGCGUCUGCACCGAGGAUCAGACAAAGAUGGCAGUAUACAUAACCACUCAAGCCAGCAAGGUGUACCCCAAGGAGUACAAGGAAAUCCGCGCCCUCAUCAACGCUGCUUAAUAGGCACAUCACUACACAACCCGUCCCGCCACCUCUCAUGUUUCCCGCUAUAUAACUCCCAUCUGUGUUUGCCAGCAGCCACGGGAAAGAGAAGAGGUGGUGUUAUGCUGGCGGCUUGUGGAGCGUAAUUGCGCCUGACAGAAAGCCUGACCCAUAUGGGGGCAGGCCACAACAAUAUAAUGUUUUAUGAAUCUGUUGCGGCCUUACCCAUUUUGGGGCAGGCCAUCAAGAUGGCUGUUCUGUGCAUAUAUAUGAAUAUAAGCUACUGUAUAUGAUUUGUUAUUACAAUUGUUCAACUGUUUACCUUACAAUACAGUAAAUUAACCAAU